AUGCCUCUAAAUAACUCGGGAUCCCCAUCCCAAACAAUCCUGCAUCGCGUUGGACUGGUGGGAGCGGCCGCUCGCUUCUACCAGCGCUCGUAUGCGGCCGAUUAUAUUGCAUUGGGUUUCCUGGCAAUGGGAUGGUUGUUGAUACAAGUCUUUGUGAACCCGUUCCAUCGCAUGUUCUCCCUCGAUAACAAGUCCAUACAAUACCCAUUCGCCGUCCAUGAGCGAGUUCCAGUUUUCAUGUCCGUCAUCUACGCCGGUGUCAUUCCCUUCCUCAUCAUCCUCGCUUGGUCGGCCAUGCUACAACCCGGUGUACACAAGACACAGGUCACUAUUCUAGGGUUAGUGGUAGCUCUGAUGUUGACCUCCUUCCUAACGGAUGUGAUCAAAAAUGCCGUGGGCCGACCUCGCCCAGAUCUGCUUUCACGGUGCAAGCCCUCUCGAGGCACCGCAGACAAUGUACUGGUCGCGUGGACAGUUUGCACCGAGUCCAACCAACAUAUUUUACAAGAAGGAUGGCGCAGUUUCCCCAGUGGCCAUAGCAGCUUUUCUUUCAGUGGACUAGGCUAUUUGUCUCUCUUCUUCUGUGGUCAGAUGCAUGUCUUUCGACCUCGAACGGACCUCGCUCGGUGCUUACUGGCAUUCUUCCCGCUGCUAUGUGCCGCACUGAUUGCCAUCUCUCGUCUAGAUGAUUACCGUCAUGAUGUGUGGGAUGUGACCGUUGGCUCAACUCUGGGCAUGUUGAUCGGCUGGUUCUCGUACCGCCGCUACUACCCGCCCUUGCGGUCGGUUCGUUGCGAUGUUCCCUAUGAUAAAGCCGAUGUCGCCGGCCCAGAGGGAUUCAACAGACUGGAUGACGAGGAGCAGGCGAUUUCCAGACCGCUAGUCACUCGCCAGAGCUCUGGGGGCGAGGAAAGCUACCAGAUGGAGCAUGCGGAGAUGUCCAGUGCUGCCUGA